CGUGGUUGCGCGCUCGAGCAAUUACUGCGACAAGACGGAAAGUACCCCACCAGAAACGAACUCCCGGCCUGGAUGCAGUAUAGAAUAGAAGCUGGGGAAGCUUAUGGUAUAAUAACAGCUAAAGACGAGGACUGGGCUCGUAUGCGACGUGUGCUCAAUCGACGAUUGCUCAACAUCAAAAAUGUUGAGAAGUACGUUCCAGACUUCAACGAGGUGUCACGUGAUUUCUUGGACAGACUGGAACACGUACGGACAGAGGACAACCGUAUCACCGGAUUAGACACCGAACUCUUCCACUGGUCACUAGAAUCCGUAUCCACGUUGCUGUAUAGCAGACGUAUGGGAUGUUUGUCUGAAAAUCCUGAUCCAGAACUGAAAAGCUUCAUCGAGGCAGUGCAUCAAAUGUUCCACACGUCGGCUAAUGUCAUGUUUUUCCCGCCAUGGUUGGUAAAGACCUUUCUCCCGAAGAGGUGGAACGACUUCAAAUCUACAUUUGACACACUAUUCCGUGUUGCCAGAAAAUGUGUUGACGAGAAAGUUGAAAUGCUGAAAGAAGAAGAAGGAAACAAAGAGGCUGGGUUUUUGGAAUAUAUUUUAUCUCAAUCCACGUUGACCCCACUGGAGAUUUACGCCAAUGUCACGGAAUUAAUGACCGGAAGCGUUGAUACGACGUCGAACGUCGUGCAGAUGAUCCUGUAUGAACUGUCGAGAAAUCCACACGUCCAGCAGAAACUGUACGACGAGGUGACCGGCGUCGUACCGGAAGGAGAAUUCCCCAGUGCUGCCCAGCUACAGAACAUGCCAUACUUGAAGGCUGUCAUUAAAGAGACGCUCAGGCUUUACCCCAUUGGAAACAGUAUCAGCCGACUUCUCCAAAAGGACAUGACCAUUUUGGGGUAUCACAUUCCAGCAAAGAAAACCGUAUCUGCUUCACUAUACGUGCUUGGUCGUCUGCCAUCUUUGUAUGAUGACCCCGAGUCGUUUCGUCCUGAACGUUGGUUACGUGGCAAUCUCAAAGAGCAAGAUAACAUGAAUCGCUUUGCAUUUCUGCCCUUUGGACACGGUCUCAGAAUGUGUAUAGGACGUAGAGUUGCAGAGCUAGAAAUGCAGGUGUUAAUCGCACAGAUGGUUGCUCGAUAUUGCAUUCAACCCGUCACGAUGGAUCCUGUGGUUUUGAAAACGGCACUUCUUCUUCUACCCUCAGAACCAAUAAACGUUCGCCUCAUUGAUCGGAAAUCAUAAUAUCACUGUGUGGGGAGACUGAUGUUAUCAUAGAUUAUUAUAACAUAGCCGAACCUAACGUGGGGGGAGGUGCUGGAUGAACUUGCCACCCCAUCUCUUUUUGUCAAAGUGGAGAAGACCGUAUAUUAUUGCUCAUGGCCCGCGUUUAGCCUAACAUAACGGUCGCUUGUAAACUAAAAAGGCAUCUUUGUGUAUGUAUCUGGACUCUACUGCCAUCUACUUAGGUUAGGUACGAGUAUAUUUAAAUAAUUACCUCAUUUAUUUUUUUGUGUGUACAUUUGUAUAUCAUUAAAUACUAUGUAUAUUGAUAUGUUACCUUUUUAAGUUAACAUUUAUAAUUUUUAUUCACGGAAAUACAGGUAUUGUAAUUGUGGACUGAGUUCGGUUUGUACAGAGAGCAACACUUAACAUAGAUUAUUAUUUAUUUAUUUACUUAAUAUAUCGUCUCUUUUUCUUUAUCACGUUUGAGAUUCAUCUUUCAUUUGCCAUGCUAGCAGCGCCCAUUAUUUUUAACACUUGUCUAUAAUAUCGGCUAAAAACAAAUCUACAAUUCGGAAUACAAUAUUAUAUAUAAAUAUAUAAUUGUGGAAAGGUUUCUGUGCACUAGUGUCAGACCGACUGUGUAUUUUGUAAAUGGUUGAAAUAUGUAAUAAAAAAUGAUUAAUUGG